AUGUCAGCAGCAUCACCAACACCCAUGGGCGCAGGGAGCCACUUCACGUCCCUUGGCCGAAGAACAUCUGCGCGCCAGGCCUUGCGCCGACCAACUUCCCGCCCAGCAUUCAGUCGCAGUGAAUCUCAGCCCGCUGUUCAAAGUGCUCGAGAGGCACCUCUGAGCGCCAACCGCGCUGAAUCUCAACCACAACAACAGCAACAGUAUGAUGCCAUGCACGACAGCUCGGAUGACGAGAUCCCAGUGCCCAUGAAGCUCAGCGCUCUGACUAAAGCUCUACUGAACGAUGGCGGCGCAAAUGAUGCUGCAGGGCCCUCAGCGACGCGUCGAGCUAAUGAUGCACCCAGUCAUCAACCUGAGCCUAGGGUCAUGACCAGGAGACGAAGUUAUCUCACCAGGAAUUCGUCGUCUGCCGUGGAGGACAGAGAGCCAGCGCCAGCGCCAGUGCCUGAACCCGAUCGAUCGUUCAGGGAGACUCGGCGCCAUACCAGGACCAGUAGCACCGCAGGAGGAAUCGCGCCUUCCCGACAAACCUCGCCCGCGCGCGCAAGGGAUAGCAGCCCGGCACCGCGCAAGCGAGUUGUUCGACUCAGUAACCCACCCAGUGUGGCACCUGUGCAGCCUGGCCGACUGAGGAGGUCGCUGUCCACCUCGACCACGAGACGACCAGAAAGCCGUGCCGGCGACGUGGACGAGAGUGUGCACAGCGCCGGCGCCGCCGCGCCAGUCGAGGAUGAAGACAUCAACACCCCGGCCCAGCCUGUCCGCCGAGUGCAGAUUGCCAUUGGGUCGUCACACAAACGCCAGUCGAUUGGCAACUCCUCUGGGUUCGCAUCAAGAAGCGCCGGGUCCUCCAUGCGCAGUGAUCAUGAGGGCCCCGAAGAGCCUCAGACAGCCCCCCGUCCACAGUCAGCCAUGGGCAGCGUCUCGAGAUUUGGCGGCAGCGCCAGCGUCAAAUCGAGAGAAGAGCAGAACGCCCAGGGCUCUAUGCGGGUCAAGAGACUUGGCAAGAUUCCUGGCAGUUUUCUCAGUGGGCCUGCUCGCCGCGGUAGGAGACGCGAGAGCGAGGAGGACAGGGUGGCUAGAGAGAACGAAGAAGGUGAAAUGAUGUACGGUCACGAGCAAGACGACUAUCCACCACCUGAAGUUGGCCGCAGCGGCGCAGAACCGCAAGCAUCAUCAUUUUAUGAGUCGGGGUACCGCGACUUUGCGGCAUCCGGCAGUCCCGUUAGCAGCAAGGAGUUGAGAGCUGGGAGUCGCAGGCAAUCACACGCAGAUCUCAGGGCGGCGUCCUUGAGUGAGGCCCACAAAGUGAUUGAGGCAGCACGGGAGGAAGCCGCCAGAGCACCUCUAGAGAUACCGUCAACACACGACCAGGAGAACGAAAUGCCUGCCCCUUCGGCUUUUGAGAGACGGAGACCGUCGGUCAGCAUCUUCUCUGACAAGGACCAGGACAAGAAACUGCUUCGGUCGCCUAGCCUUGUUGAGAUUGGCUCCAGAGCAAUCCCGCGAGCUGUUUCGCCAGAGCGCCCGAUACUGGCAUCCCUCAGCCAGAAUGUUCAAAAGACACCGCACGUUGUGAUACCAAUGCAGCGACCUGCGCCACCUCCACCGCCGAAGAUGAGUGUUCUGGAUGCAGCUACUGCAACAGGCGGGGCUGCCACUGCCAAAGAAGCCGCGAAGAAGAGGAGCAUCAUUCUCAAAGUCAACGGGCGGUCAUAUCAAAGGGUAGACUGCAUAGGGCGCGGUGGCAGUGCGAAGGUCUACAGGGUUACUGCUGAAAAUGGCAAGAUGUUUGCCCUGAAGAGAGUCAACAUUGAGAACGCCGACGAGACGAUGCUCAAGGGCUACAAGGGCGAGAUUAGCUUGCUUCAAAAGCUGACCAACGUGGAACGUGUCAUCCAGCUCUAUGAUUUCGAGCUCAAUGAGGAGAAGCACGUUCUUAGUGUCCUUAUGGAGAUGGGUGAAUUGGACCUCAACACUCUCCUGAGAGUCCGGCAGAAUCCGGAGGGAGCGAAACUUGAUCCUGUGUUCAUCCGCUACUAUUGGAAAGAAAUGCUUGAAUGCCUCGCCGCCGUGCACGCUCACGACAUUGUGCACAGCGACCUCAAGCCCGCCAAUUUCGUGUUGGUUCAAGGCCGCCUGAAACUUAUUGAUUUCGGUAUUGCGAACGCCAUCCAGACCGAAGAAACUGUCAACGUACACCGCGAGACGCAGGUCGGCACGCCGAGCUAUAUGAGCCCUGAGAGUUUGAUGGACUCAAGCCACUAUGCAUUUACCUCCGCGAACGGCGGGAGAUACUGGCAUGGGCCAAGGGGCCCCAAGCUCAUGAAGCUGGGCAAACCGUCCGACGUGUGGAGUCUUGGGUGCAUCCUGUACCAGAUGGUAUACGGCAACUCGCCGUUUGGGCACAUCCAGAACCAGAUGGCGCGCUGCCAGGCCAUCAUCAAUUGGAACCACAAGAUUGAGUUUCCGGAGAAGGGCCUCGGCGGCGUUAAGGUGCCGCCGAGCCUCCUGCGCACGCUCAAGAAGUGCCUCGACCGGGACCAGCACGCGCGGCCGUCAUGCGCGCAGCUGCUGAGCGAGGACGACGGGUUCCUGUACCCGAUCGAGUACGCCAGCGACGUCAUGGGCGCCGCCGACAGCCUGCCCAUCACCGAGGAGCUGCUGGGCCGCAUCAUCCAGAGCGUCGUCACGCGCUGCCGCGACAGGAUGCCGACUGACGGCGAGGCCAUCAAGGCUUGGCCUUCUGCGUACUGGACCAGCGUGCGCAAGGCCAUCGAGGCUAAGCAGAGCGAUGGGGAGAGGCGGUAG